CAAACAUCGUAGAGUUCAAAUCCCCUACGGUGCCGAAUAAUCACUCCGGAGGGCUGGUGCAGGUUUGGAUCUCACCCGCUGCUGCACAGCACGAAAGCGUCAAGUUCUUACCUCAAAAGAAAGAAAGAGAAACCCUGGACCCAUCCUUACAUAUAACAAGAGAAUCACCGUCUAAGACGAGCAUAAAUAGAUGAUCAGGCUCUCAUCAAGGCAACAUUUGAGAGACGUUUCCAAACAUGUCUUCUUUGCCUUGUUUUCCAAUUCCAUUCAAACAUGUGGAAGCGUUGCUGGAGAAAGAAAACCAUUCAACAGCUCCAGCAGCUGCACCUGUCCGGGAUUACGAUGAGCUCAUCUCAUCCCUCCCGGUGAAGCAAACCUUCAUCCCCAUCCGAAAGUACCUGGAGUUCUGGUUCCCGGAAGGCCACCUCCCGGGCAUCAUGGCCAUCCGCCAACACUUCAGGCCUCGCCCCGACGACCUCUUCCUCAUGUCCUUCCCAAAGUCCGGCACCACCUGGCUCAAAGCCCUGGCCUUCGCAACCAUGACCCGAGCCCACUACCCCUGGGAUCGCCACCCUCUCCACAGCCUCAACCCCCACGACGUGGUGCCCUUCAUGGACGAUCUCUUCGCCGCCGGCCAGGCUUCCAAGCUCGAAGCUCUGCCCUCCCCGAGAGUCCUCGCCACCCACAUGCCUUACUCCUUGCUGCCGGACUCCAUCACCAGCUCCGGCUGCCGGAUUAUAUACAUCUGCCGGGACCCCAAGGACGCCAUCGUCUCGCUUUGGCACUUCGCCGAGAAGGCUAGUGCCGAGAAAGGGAGGGAGGGCUUUCCCUUCGACCGAUUCUUCGAGAUGGCCUGCGAGGGGAAGUUCCCUUAUUCCCCGAUAUGGGACCAUUCUCUGGAGUACUGGAAGGAGAGUUUGAGAAGGCCCGAGAAGGUGCUGUUCUUGAAGUACGAGGAGAUGCUGGAGGAGCCGGCGGCGAACGUGAAGAGGCUGGCGGAGUUCCUCGGGUGCCCGUUCUCCGAGGACGAGGAGAAGGGAGGCGUGGUGGAGGAGAUCAUAACGCUCUGCAGCUUUGAGAAGCUCAAGAGCAUGGAGGCGAACAAGAAGGGGUCUCAAGAAGCAGCGGUUUACAAGGUAAGCAACGCUUCCUUCUUCAGGAAAGGAGGAACAGGCGAUUGGAGGAACUAUGGGAGCCCGGAGAUGGCUCAGAAGUUGGAUGAGAUCGUCCUGGAAAAGCUGGAGGGCUCCGGUCUGACCAUCCCUGGAGUAGGUCCGGGAGCGGAAGAAGCUACUGCAGGCCAUUCAUAGAUGUGCCUCAGAAGACUCUACUAGUUGUUACCAAUAACUUGUUGGUGCUCAUGGAUUGGUGAUUGUGUUUUAAACUUCUCUGUAGUCCCGAUGUGCAUUUAGAAGCUACUAUGGCCAUUCCACAGCUCGUGGGAUGAUUGCUGCUAUGCCGUGUUUGGAAGGCUGUAAUAAAAUGGUUAUCUUGCGUCAUUGAA